UGGCAAGACAUUUAAAAGCCGUGAUUAAAACGGGCCACUCACCUUUCCCCGAAAAAACUGAACAUAAAACGGAGAUUUAUUAUCUUUUUUGAGCGAUGUGCUCCUAUUGGUUGACUCGGUGACCUGCUUAUAUAGCCUAAAUUACCUUCUACAGUUUAACGCGGGGCAUUCACCUUGCAAUCACAGAGAGCUUCCAAUGCGUCAACCAUAGUGCAUUCAUGGCUGUACAAUCCGCUGCUUACGUUAAUGAUUCUACCUUACCUUGCAACUCCAGACUUACGUUAUCGAGAUCUGUCAAAUGCCAGGUUACUAUUUUACACAACUAUUACUCCGUGUUUUUAUGCGUGUGUGUCGUUGUCCCAGAUACACUUUGUUUUACUAACUUGUAGGCUAGCCUAUAGUUUAGUACCUCCCUUUAAUGCAAACAACACACCGAAUUAUAGUCCCGAGUAUCGUAAUACGUUCUUUGUGAUUGCACUUAGGCUAUAAAAUUAACCGAUCAGACGACUGAAACGGAACGACUGCAAUCGUAUUAUGGUUAACAUAAUAUGAGUUUAAAAUAGUUUCGUUUAAUUUUCGUGACGACGUCGCUAUUUUAAACUAGCCUAUAUUCAACGUACGCCCUCUCCAGAGUGGACAGACGGAACAGCUGCCAAAAAUGAAGAAACAAUUGUUCAGAUGUCGGAAUAAAAAUUACGGAUUCGUAGUCCUGUCCAGCAAAUCUACAGCAAUCCAAUACAAUCGACCAGCCUUUGAAAAUUCGCUGUGUUCGUCAUCGUCCACUGGGUAAUUCGACUGCUUUCAAUUUUUUUUUUUUUAAAUCGCAUAGCCUACUCACGACGCCUCCGUAGCAUCAAAGUAAAUAUACGAGGUCUCACUCGUUCAGAGACUCUCAAACGAACAGAGGUGCAGUACAUCUCAGCACUGUACCCUACUGGAUAUUUUAAGGACCAAUUUAAUUUAAAGGUCGUUAAACGGAUCUGAAAAAGGAGAGUCCGUCGUCCCCCUGAGGGGUUCAACCCAGUGACUGGCACCGACAGGCAGGGUACCGUGCACCGUCCCUCCCUCCCCCCCUCGCCAGAGCACUUCCUGUUCCCCCCCCCCCCACGGGGGCUGGCAGAGACCACCCGCCAUGGAGACCGCCAUCCGCGCCGUUCUUCCCGCUGUGCUGCUCCUGAUUGGCUGUCUGGAAGGUUGUCGUGGGGAUGGAAAGACUGGCUGCGCGAUCUGGCUUCCCUACGGAGAGACGGACGUGUGCUGUGAGAAGUGCCGACCCGGAAACCGUAUGGUCUCAAAGUGCGGGCCGGACCCCAGUGAGCUGUGUGUCCCAUGUGGGGCAGGAACCUACAUCACAGAGCACGCACUGUACGCCUGUCACAGCUGUACACAGUGCAAAGGGGCACAGAUGAUGAGGCAGGCCUGCACCAGCAGCAGGGACACGGUGUGCGGGUGUGUGGACGGGUUCCGCUGUGCGGACACUGAGUGCUCGCGCUGCGCCAAGGAGUGCGGAAGAGGGGAGGAGCCCACGGACAAACUGACCUGCCAGGCCUGUCCGGAGGGGACGUUCAACGACCAACUUCAUCAGAAAUGCAUUCCCUGGAGAACCAGCUGCCCUCUCCCGGGACAGGGAAUCGUGGCUCUGGGCACCGCGGUCCAUGACAUCGUCUGCGGCAACAUCUCUGACCCCGUCCCGGACGUGAAACCCAAACCGGAGGUCGACGAUGGGGACGCAGGGCGCGUCUCCUUGAUGGUGCUGAUCGCCUGCCUGAGUCUUACCGCCAUCACGGCCGCUGCUGGCGCGGUCGCCUGCGGAAUCCUGAGGAAGAGGAAGGAGAAGACGACGAAGAACACGCCGGCGGUGGCUGACAAACCUACGACAGAAGGACCCCAGUGGGAGGAGCAGCAGGUGGAGUGCAGUCUCUGCCACCCACAGCAGGAGGAAUGUGGGAGCCAGGACUCUGUCGCCUCCCACGGGUCGGAGGACAAACUGCUUCCUGUGUAAGACGAGGAUGUGGGUCCUCACAAUGCAGCAGGUCCCCACAAUGGAGGGGGUGAUGACAAUGAGAGGGGUCUCCACAAUGGGGGAUCCUCACAAUGAAGGCAUUUUACCCAAAGGGAAGGAGGUCCUGAUAAUGGAGGGACACCUCACCAGGAAGGGGGUCCUGAUAAAGGAGGGAGACCUCACCAGGAAGCGGGUCCUCGAAGCUCUGCGCCUUUAGGUUCGGAAAUCUAAAAUCUGUUGACAGACACUUGUUCGUACUCUUUGUUUUUUGUAUAAAAUAUUCCGUAUUUUCUACCUUUUUACCUGGACACUGGACCAUGAAAAUGGUUUACUCAAUGUAUUAAACACUGGACAUGUCAUUUCAACACAUGA